AUGGCCAAAAAACCACUCGCGCAAGAUCUCCAAUUCGAGAAAAAGAAUCAGGACAUGCUCAAGCUGCCUAAACACGCCCGUAUUCAAAAACGCCCCAUCCCCCACGCCGCCAUCGCAUCCCCCUACGCCGGCCCCUCUGUCCCCAAAACCGUCUACGUCUCCACCAAAACCCCCUUCAUGAGCGUCAUCAAGCGCGUGCAGAAACUACUCCGACAGGCCGAAAAGCGCGCCACCGCGUCCGUCAACCUAUCCAAUGGGAAGAAGAGCGAGAAACAGAAAUUUGCGCAGCUGGUGCGGGGUCAGGAGGAGUUGGUCAAAGAGGAGGUGUUUGUAAAGGCGACGGGGAGGGCGAUGGAUAAGGUACUCUCUGUGGGCAAGUGGUUUGAGGAGAGGGGAGAUGAGUUUGUGGUGAGGGUUAAAACGGGGAGUGUGCUUGUUGUGGAUGAUAUUCUGGAAGAUGAGGGGGUGAAGAAGGCGGAGGCGGAAAAGGUGCAGGCAGAAGAAGAAGAAAAACAGGAAGACAAAGAUACCACUGCCGAGUCUGGACUGUCCAAGUCUGCUAUUAAGAAGAGAAAACGGGCUGCCAGGGCAGUGGCUGAGGCUGAGGAGUCGGAACUCCCCGAAACGCGCACACGAUGGGUGAAUAUGGUGGAGGUUGCAGUGGCUCUGAAAUGA